AUUCAGAACUGACAACACGGCUUUUGAACAGACGAGUCAACCUCGCAGUUACGUAGAUUCCAGUGUUGCAGUGUGGAGGAAUCACUAUGUUCAAACGGGACAUCUUUCUCCUGACGCUUGUAUUCCAUAAACUGAUAUCUGCCCUUCAGUCUUGUGGCGGGUUUCAUGUUCGACGUCACUCAAGUUUGGACAAUCUGUUGUUUAAUGAGGCCUUUAUGUCUGAACACGUCGUGGAAGGAAAAUUAUCAUGUACAGGACGUUGUUACCGUCACCCCCUCUGUAACAUGCUGCUGUACAACCCAACGUCCAAACGAUGUCGCCUGUACAAGUCCUUCAUCAACACAGGAGGCACUAAAGAGCCCGGCUGGCAGUAUUAUGCAGCUGAAUGCAACCACUUCCGCGUGGAGAAUGCCCUGUCGCUGACAGUCGUGAACCAGUCUGUGGACGUUGCCUGUGGAAGCGGGCUCACACACAUCCCCUCCUCUCCAUUCCACUGUUCCCUUGGCACUGAAGUCCUCAACAUUGGAAUGUGUGCUCAGACACGUUGGAUCAAUCUGGUGUCUCCUUGGGUCACCGAUCUUCCUGCACCGUUAUCCCCUGGGGCGGAGAUCAAAGUGAGAGGUGCAGGUGAUGGUGCUGGAAAUACUGACGUGCACCUGUGGGAAACUGACGACCUAAACACUGUGUUCCUCCUCUCUAUCCGUUGGUCGAACCCUGAUGCAAUCUUCAACACACAAUCCUCCGGGACCUGGGGGACGGAACUUGGGCCAUCGACCUUCAUAUUUUCUCCAAACGUGGUGUUUGAUGUCCUCGUGAGAAUAACAACAACCAAUUUCCUGCGCUUCCUGAUCCAGACCCAUGUCCUGUAUCCAGGGGCUACACGUCCGUGUUGUCUCCCCGGCUGUGUUACAAGUACAUAUCAAUCUCCAACAACUGGACUUCUCAAAAUGAUCUGUGCCAUUCUGAAGGUGGCCGCCUUGUCGUCCUCAACAGUCAGGAGAAACAGGAGUUCAUGGCCUCAUUCCAGAAUCAGGCUGAGGUGUUUCACUCCCUCUGGGUUGGAAUGCAGAGCUCCAGCAGCAUCGAUGUGUUUACCUGGCAGGAUGGGUCCACCUAUGUCUGGAAGUGGCUACCUGGCGAACCAGACUACGUUAGUUACCAGAGAUGUGGACAGCUGUAUCAUGGUGAGAUGUCUGACGCCGAAUGUGACCUCCAUCGUCAGUCCGUCUGUGAGAUACCGCUGUAAGACUUUGGGCUAUCAAUGCUAUCUGUGAGAUAUCAAUGUGAGACUGCCAGAUACUAACGCGAUGCUGUAACAUACCAACACAAAACUUAUAGAUAUUGUGGAAUUCCAAUUUGACAAUGAAAAAUAACAACGUCCUCACGUUCUCGUUUUGUAUACAUAUAAUCAUAACAGAUAGUAUAAAUUCUGUAUAUUGUUAAACGUUGCAUUUUCAAGAUAAUAAACUUGUGAUCAUU